AGAUUUUUUUUUUUAAACUGAUCUAGAAGCAGUCCUUGAUGUGCAUAUAUACUAUUUCAUCCUUCCUCCAAUAAUCCCUACUGCUGGAUUUUGGCUUGCUGCUCAAAUAUUGAGGAAGGCAACAGAGCUAGAAGCCUAAAUCUGCAUGCUUGUGCCGCUCCAAACCUUGAUAAAGAUCCAUGGAUGAGAAGCUUCCUCCCGGGUUUAGAUUCCACCCCACUGAUGAGGAGCUCAUCGCUUAUUAUCUCACCAGGAAGGUGACAGAGUUGGGCUUCACCACCAGGGCCAUUGCCGACGUCGACUUCAACAAGUGCGAGCCAUGGGACCUUCCGGGGAAGGCGAGUAUGGGGGAGAGGGAGUGGUACUUCUUCAGCAUGAAGGACCGGAAGUACCCGACUGGGCUGCGAACGAACCGUGCGACGGAGUACGGCUACUGGAAGACGACCGGAAAAGAUAAGGAGAUCUUCCACUGCGGGGUGUUGGUGGGGUUGAAGAAGACCUUGGUGUUCUACAAGGGCAGGGCUCCCAAGGGCGAGAAGACUUGCUGGGUGAUGCACGAGUACAGGCUCCACACCAACUUCCCCACUAAGGAGGAAUGGGUGGUGUGCAGGGUGUUCCAGAAGAGCUCGACGGAGAAGAAGCCUCACCUAGAUUCUCCUACGAUGCCUGCGCUGCUGGAGUCGCCUUGCAAUACCGGGUCGCUAAGCGAGCUCGGCGAGAUCGACGUCUCAGCGUUCAACAAUCUGAUUCACAAUUCUAAUUCGGGCUACAACGCCGCGCAGAUCAACGAAGGCAUGUACACUGACAGUAGCAGCAACGUCGUCAAGUACUUCGACGUGAACAUGCAAAUGAAUUGGAUGAACGGCCAGCUGGCUUCAGUUCCAUGGGCGACGGCUUUGUUUGGCGCACAAAACCCGGCAAUUCUGAAGGCUCUGGCGCUCGCCGGCGGUCAAGAUCAAGCGACUAAUAGAGCAAGUUUGACACAGUUUAUGGCGCAAGGGGCUGCUUCUUCCUCUUCGAAGGGCGUGGAUUGUGCAGGACAACAAGCACAGCUAUUCAAUCAGGAACCAGUUAAUUGGAGGGGCUACUGAGAAGCAUUCUGUUUGAGUUAGUUUUAGUGUUUCUUACGAGGCGCGUGACGAAGGUCAUGGCCACGAAUACUGUUAUUUCAUCAGGCUGCAGAUUGAAAGUAAUGUACAAAAAACACAAAUAUAUACAAGAAACUUUAUACAUGUAACUGAGUUUGAUUG